AAAGAGAGAAAAAUACACGCCCUCGUCACCAUGUACACGUAGAGAUGACAAGGACAAGGAUCUUCAUCCGAAAUUCAACCAAUAAAAAUUAGCACAACAACAAUAAACGAUGUUUUCAACAAGAUAAGACGAAAGUUGGUCCCCGUUGAGCCCGACUAAUAAAAACCAUUGCAAAGGUUUCUCACCCCGGACACGAAGCAAUGUGCUCCAACACCAGAGCGAGGGUUUUUCGCUGCAAAACCAGUUGAGCUGCGAUCUGCAAACCGCGCGAGGCGCGACCCAUUUUCGCCCCAUCGGAAGCAAAUCGACGGUGCGGCAGAAAACCAUUCCCGCGCAGAAAACACACCACCAAGCCAAGUCAGACGCAGAGCGGAGCCAAAGCCAGCCGACCAUGUCUAGCCAAGCCCCUCGUCGUCGUCCUCCUCCUCCUCCUCCUCUCCCACCCAACCUGCCCCCUCACAUCCCCUACUCCCGCGCGCUGCAGCAGCGCCUCUACCUCCUCGCGCAGCACGCCCGCCGCCGCCCGGGCGCCACCGCCUCCCUCCGCGCGCUCGACCAGCUCCACGCGCAGCUCCUCCUCAACGGCUUCCACCGCAAGCGCUUCCUCCUCGCCAAGCUCAUCUCCCUCGCCGCCGCCGCCGCCGACCUCCCCCGCGCUGAGGCCCUCUUCCUCUCCUCCUCCUCCUCCCCGCAGCACCCUCCCGAGCCCCCCACCCUCGCCAACCUCCUCCUCCGCGCCGCCGCGGCGUCCCGCGCGGGGCCUCCCCAGCUCCUCUCCCUCUUCUCCCGCCUCGUCGGCCGCCACGGGUUCCGCCCCAACGCCUUCUCCUUCUCCACGCUCUUCGCCGCGCUCUCCGGCGCAGGCGCGGCCGCGGCCCCCCACGGAGCCGCCCUCCACGCGACCGCGCUCGCCGGCGGGUUCGCUCUGUCCAGCUCGCACGUCAUGACCAGCCUCCUUGACAUGUACGCCGCGGCCGGGCAGCUCGCGGAUGCCAGGAAGGUGUUCGACGAAAUGCCCGGCAGGACGGCGGCGGCGGCGGCGGCGGCGUGGAACUGCAUGCUCUCUGCUUACGUGCGGUGCCGUGAGGUGGACGCGGCUCUGCGUUUCUUCGGUAAGAUGCCUGGGAGGGACGCGGUGGCCUGGACGACGGUGAUAGCUGGGUGUGCCAGUGCUGGGAGGGCGGCGGAGGCGGUUGAUCUGUUCUGGAGCAUGAGGAAGGCAAGGGUCAAGGACGACUCGGUGACGAUGGUCGCCUUGUUGACGGCGUGCGCGGAGUUGGGGGACCUGCGUCUCGGGCGAUGGAUACAUGCGCGAGUGGACCAGGAAGGCCAUUUGCAGCGGACGGUGUCGCUAGACAAUGCCCUCAUCCAUAUGUAUGUGAAGUGUGGGGCUGUGGAGGAUGCGCACCGCAUGUUUCUCGAGAUGCCGAGGCGGAGUACCAUCUCAUGGACUACAAUGAUUUCCGGGCUUGCGGUCCAUGGUCGUGCCGAGGAGGCUCUAGAAUUGUUUAACCGGAUGGAGGAACGUCCUGAUGGCACAACGCUGCUCGCUGUGCUGUCUGCGUGCAGCCAUUCACGGAAGGUUGACGACGGACGGCAAUACUUUGAGAGCAUGGAAAGAGUUUAUGGGAUCGCCCCAGAGAUACAGCACUAUGGAUGCAUGGUCGACAUGCUCUGCCGCAGCAGACGAUUGCACGAAGCACUUGAGCUCGCAGAGACAAUGCCGUUGCAGUCUAAUGAGGCCGUGUGGGGUGCACUAUUGAGUGGAUGCAAGAGGGAAGAUAAUCUUGAGCUUGCAGCCAAAGUAGUUGAUAGAUUGACUGAGCUACAGCCUGAUCGAGCAGCUGGGCACCUUGUCCUCCUGUCAAACAUGUAUGCGGGUGUUGGUCGGUGGGAGCAGGCUCGGAUUGUGAGGGAAAGAGUGGCUGCACUGCAUGCCGGGAAGCCUGCUGGAGGGAGCUGGGUGAAUCAAAACGAGACCAGCAUGUUGAUAGCAUGAUCUCAACAAAUUGUCUAGUUUCACUCACAAAAUUUCACAUGAAACAUUGGGGCUUUGUGUUCCACAUUUAAAAUGCAGUAAUUAUCAGAACUCGAGGGAGCACAUUUGGGCGUUGCAACCAUCAGGUGUUUGCAUUGACGUUUAUAUUGACACAGUAAUAGAAAAAAGUUCAGAUCUAGAGAAGAUGAAAUGAUCAGUCUGCCACACACUUUCUUUUGACUGUUGGUGCAACUGUGGAAUUAUGCACCAGUUUCCAUCUUCGCUGUUUCAAGCUAUUCGUUGAUAGCAGCAGGGUUGGUUCCAGUGUCACCCGAGAAGCUUAUUGCAUGUGCCAAUGCCAAUAGCAGCAGCAAGAUGC